AUGAAAGUUAAUAUUCUAAUAUUUGUGAUUUCAUCCAUUAUUGGCUUAACAGUCGGAUGCAAUAUUUUAAAUUAUGGAGUAUCCCCAAGCGACAAACAGUUCAUCCUCGACUACCACAAUCGUCUUCGACAAAAACUCGCUCUCGGGCAGAUCUACAAUCAACCACAAGCUGCCAACAUGCAAGUUCUCGUUUGGGACGACGAGCUAGCUAACGUUGCUCAGCGUCAUGCCAACGGUUGCGAAUAUUACCACAACCCAUAUCGCCAUAUCUCGCGUUUCUACGUUGGCGAAAAUAUCGCUCGAAUUUGGAGCAGUGACACGCCGCAUGGCAACUGGAAAUACAUCAUCGACAAAUGGUUUGGCGAAUACUCGAUUUAUCGGUGGCUAGAUUGGCCCUUGACUUCCCUCAAUGGGCAUUACACGCAAAUUGCCUGGGGCACAACUACCCGGAUCGGAUGCGGAUAUACUUAUUACUUGACCCCAGGCGGCAGUUAUACGCGAUAUUACGUUUGCAAUUAUGGGCCAACGGGAAAUCAUUAUGGCGUCGGACCAUACGAAAUUGGAACGCCAAAUUGCGCCAGAUUUGGUCUCUAUUACUCAAGGUAUUACAACGGACUUUGUUCCUCUUAUUAUUAUUAG